ACACAAUGCGUUUGACGUGCUGUAGUUGACACCUGAGAAAGCGCGCGUGCCACGACUCAUAUUCCUCUCUUGAUAUCUCGGAAUGUGUCUAACGGCGAACGGAGAGGCAGGCUGGGGGAAAACGGAGAGGGGGAGGGAGAAGGAUCCAAAGUAACAGCGUGAAAUUGCAUAAAACAUGCCAUUGAGCGCUCCGCGCACUUCCACAAUAUCUUCGCACGGAGUGGAUGUUCACAGCCGUUUGUGAAGGGACGAGCUCACAGUGCGUUCCAUGGACCAGUAUCGAAGUGCCUUCUUAAAAUGUUGGAUGUAUACAUGGGUGUUAUUUUAGUGUAAGGACAGAGUCUUCUAGAAACCUGCUGCUGAAAGCUGAAAAAAGAAGAACUUCCAACAGACUCUGCUCAGACUUCAGAGAUUUUUUUCUUCUUCUAAAAUGCACUUAUUUGGAAUUUCUGUUUUCUGUCUCGCAUUGAUUUAUGAAAACCUUGCUUUGGAGUCAAGUCACGACUACUAUGAUUAUGAUUAUGACCAAGAUCAAGGGGAUGCCAUGGAGCAUUCAGAGCCAGACUUGGUGGAGCAGUUGCGUUCAGCGGGUAGCGUGGACGAGCUUAUGAGAAUAGUAUACCCCAGCUACUGGAGCAUGCUGAAGUGUCGUUCCAAGAUGGGAUCGCGCUUACCUCACAGAGAUCACAGCUCCACAGAAACAAGGUCGGAGGAGGCCUCCUUUGCGGCUGCUUUCAUCAAUCUUGAAAUUUUUACAAGUAUUCAGACAGAGUGGAGAAACACCCUGUGCAUGCCACGCCAAGUUUGUUUAGAUGUGGGGAAAGAGUUUGGGGCAGCUACAAACACCUUCUAUAAACCACCCUGCGUGACUGUCUACAGAUGUGGGGGCUGCUGUAACAGUGAGGAUCAAGUGUGCAAGAACAUGAGCACUUCAUACAUCAGCAAGACGUUGUUCGAAAUCACAGUUCCUAUGAAGUAUGGGGCCAAGCCAGUCACCAUAAGCUUCGCCAACCACACUUCCUGCAGCUGUUUGUCAAAACAGGAUUUGUACCGACAGCAGCACUCCAUAAUUCGAAGAGCCUUACCAGAAUGUCAUGUGGCAAAUAAAACAUGCCCAGAGAAUCACAGCUGGAGCAAUCGCUUAUGCAGAUGUGUGCCACUGCCCGACACCCUUUUUUCAAAACCACAUUCUGACAUUGAUCAAGACUUCUGUGGCCCCGUCAAAGAGCUGGACGAGGAGACUUGUCAGUGUGUUUGCCGAAAAGAGCUGCGAACAGCAGGCUGUGGACCGCACCGCUACCUGGACAAGAACACCUGUCAGUGUGUGUGUAAAGCAAAGCCCUCUUCCUGCAGGCCUCAACAGAGCUUCAACAAAGACACCUGCCAGUGCACCUGCGCCAAGGUGUGUCCCAGUAGUCAGCCUCUCAACCGCACCAAAUGUGUGUGUGAAUGCACAGAGUCCCCUAACAAGUGCUUCUUAAAAGGAAGGCGGUUCCACCCGGCCACGUGCAGUUGUGUCAGGCCGCCAUGUAACAUGGACCCCAAGAAAAGAGGAUGUAACGAUAAUGAGUAUUUCAGUGAAGAACUGUGUCGCUGUAUACCCACAUACUGGGGGAGACUGAACUAAACACAACUAAGCGCAGGUGGCGCUGAAUGCUAACGGACACGCUGGCAUUUAGAGCAGUGCUGUGUUUGGCUGCUGCUUAUCUGACUCACAUGUGCUUGUCAUGUGGACUAGCGUCGAGUAACGGGAGACAAGAAAUGUCCACAUUUAACCCCACAUAUCAAACAUGGGGUGAGCUAUCAAGGACCGAGAGAGAUUUCUAAAGGCUGGAGCCAUGUUUUUUCAUUGUUUUAAUUGAAUUGUCUAUUCGUAUUUGUCAGAUAAUGAUUAUAUAAUUUAUUGCCAUGAAAUGUUUUGAAACACCCUGGUUCAUAGCAUUCAUUUCUAAUCUCUGCGAAGAAAAAUACACUGUGAUCAAUAUUUUUGUAUCAUGUUAAGUCCCGUAAAAUAAAGUAUAAAGUUGUAUUAUAUAUUGUUAACUUAUUUAUAAGCUGGACUAUCUUAUUGAAAUAAUACUGCACAUGAUUCAAAUGUAUUCAGUUUUGACUACCAAAUGUAUGCACCUAUCAUUCCAGAUGAAAUUCUAUCAAACUGACAGCGCAAGCCGGCAAAGACGUGUUUUUUGUGCUGGAAGCAUUGCUUGUUGACAAUCUAAGACCAUUACGCAAGUCACCCACCAAUAUCGAAGACUUUGAAGAGGGAAAUACAGCACAAUAACCUGGAUACGGACUAUUUAAAAACCGGUGCUACAUGUAUGCAGUUCGAUACAAGUUACAUCGGUGACAAUGUACACUUGGAUUAAUGGAUUCCACUUACGUCGCAUCCAACCUGCCUCCUUAAAAGCAGUAUAAAGUGGAGAAAGUGGUGUAUGAAUGACCUCAAGGUUGGAGAUCAGUGGUCUUUAAGACUUUUGACCUCAGUGGAUGUGUACAUAGGAGCAAUGUGAUUGGCCCAACUCCACUUGGUAUCCGCCCACAGUUUCAGCUUGACAUUGUAAAUAUAAUAAAUCACCUCUGCUUCC